GCCUGUUUGUUCCGGUGAAGAGAAGGCUACAGUCUCUGCUCGUAGUGGACGCGGUCGGGACGGGAAACGCCGGUGAAUGCAAUGGCCGCCCUGGUCUGCGGAGCUGUUUUCUUCCCGGGAGUUUACUUCGGUCUCAGAAGGAGAUUUAGACAGACGUUCACGCUCUGGACUGACGCCGACGUGGCCUGUGUCAGUGAGAGGCUGAUGUCUGCCGUCCAUGCCUCUCUAUCCUCUGCAGCUGGUCUCACUGUAGCCUUAUCAUGUAAAGAUGUUUUGAUUGACAACCAUUGGUUGGUCAACAACUUUGUCCUGUUCGGCGCUCCCUACAUGGCCUUUGAUAUCUACGCCAUGUACCUGAGUCAUUUCCACGCCGCGAGAGUGAGAGAUGGGUCCGGUUCUUCCAGGGGUCACUCUUUCCAGACAGUCAGGGCGUUCCUCACUAGAGACUGGCUCCUGGUUCUCCAUCAUGCGGCUCUUCUUCUCGUUUUUAUGCCCAUCACUUUGUUCUUCAGGCGAGGGUUAGGAGAUUUCUUUGUGGGCUGUUUUUUAACCACAGAGUUCAGCACCCCCUUCGUCUCUAUUGGAAAAAUCCUCAUUCAGUUGCGCCUUGACAACACUGUGCUGCACAGAGUCAACGGCGCCAUUGUUCUCCUGACGUUCUUCGUGUGCCGGAUCCUGCUGUUCCCCUUCAUGUAUUGGAAGUACAGCCGACAGCUGGGGGUUCCUCUCUCCGCCGUGGCCUUUCACAUGCCUCUGCACUGCAACCUGGGAAACCUGCUGAUUCUGGCUCCACAGAUCUACUGGUUUUUCCUGCUUCUGAAGAAAGCAAACAGACUCUACUUGAGAGGGAGGAAAGCUCUGGACAAAGAGGGCCUGAAGGCAGACAAAUUAGCAGUUUUUUUUUUUAGCUGGAAUUUUAAUAUAAUCUCUUGAUUUUACUUUUAGAAGGAAAUAAACUGUUUUUGUAGAUAUUAGAACUUUAUUUAUAAAAGCACUGAUCCAAGUGAAAUGAAAAAAACAAAAC